UUAUAUUAGUUUAAAAAACAUUUAAAAGUAUUUAAAGUGUUUAAAUUAAUUUUAUUAUAAAACAAAAAAAAGGGAAAAGAAUGUCUCCAACAAAGGAUAAUAUUAGCACCACUUUAUCACGACGUCCACGUGAGGAAUUCGCAGAAACGGGUGUCAUUAUUCGUGAGGUGGAAGAUGGAGUACGUUGUGAACGUUGCAAAACAAAUUGUCCUGGAUUUGCGGCGCACGAUUGGAGAAAAACUUGCCAAUCCUGCAAAUGUCCCCGCGAAGCACAUGCAAUUUACCAACAGCAAACCACAACAGUGCAGGAACGUUUGGGUUUCAAAGUAGUAUCACCUGCAGAUUCUGGUGUAGAACCACGCGAUCUAGGCUAUACAUGGGUACCACCAGGUAUACGCGCCUCAUCGCGUAUUAAUCGUUACUUUGAACAAAUUCCACAAGAUAAAAUACCUAAAAUUGGAACUGAAGGCGCACGCUAUCGUGAACAACAGAUCUCAUAUCAAUUACCGAAACAAGAUCUAUCGCUGGAGCAUUGUAAACAUUUAGAAGAACAGCAUGAAGCUUCAUUUGAAGAUUUUGUAACUGCACGAAAUGAAAUUGCCUUAGAUAUAGGUUAUAUAAAGGAUGCACCAUACGAUGAGCAUUGCGCACAUUGCGAUGGUGAAAUUGCAACUGGAGAAAUGGUUGUGGCUGCGCCGAAAUUUGUGGAGAGUGUUAUGUGGCAUCCACGUUGUUUUACUUGCAGCACGUGUAACGAAUUAUUGGUGGAUUUGACGUAUUGUGUCCAUGAAGAUAAAAUCUAUUGUGAACGUCAUUAUGCGGAAAUGUUAAAACCACGCUGUGCUGGCUGUGAUGAGGUAAGCAUUUUAUAUAAAACUUAUUACCGUUUUGUACUAUCACUAUUUUAA